CUUCUUUACACUUUGCCAGCCACAACAUCUGUUGUUGUAGGCUGGUAAAUACAUGUGAUUCAAGUGGCUAUCCUAUUCUGCGGCGAACAAUUCCCAAAGUGCAUCACAUCACCAGCGCAGCUUUGAGGUGGCCGAUGAUAUCUCAAAUCACUUAAACGUCUUGCAAUAAUGUCGUCCUACUACAACCCGGCCUGUUACCUGCCUCAGUCGUGGUCAUCCUAUGUCCCCAAUGCGCUCUCCUGCCCACCCCCUCCGUCGUUAGCCUCGACCAUCUACAACUAUGCGACAUCACCAUUCACAUCGACAUACACGACGCUGCGCACCAUGGCCGACGCGCUCGUGGGGCUGCCGGCGCUGUCGUUCCUCCUCAUCCCGACCAUGACAUCGUACUCGACGUCGCUGAAUUUACUUUUCUUCUACCUGACGUGGUCGACACUGGUGCUAUCUCAUCCACCGCUGCGCGUCGAGCUAGUCGCAACUCUGGCCGUCAGGACAUUAUUCUAUAUCCUACCAUCGACGUUCUUUCUACUGUUUGAUGCCCUACUCCCAUCUGCGGCAGAAAACCUCAAGGCGCUGGGCGAUUCCGCGCUGCUGUUCAAAAACGCCAGCCGCGCCCAAACUUUCCGCACAUUGCGCGUGGUGGGCUGGUCGAUCUUCAACGUCCUCAUGGGCGUGGCGAUCCAAGCGGCCGUUGAGGUCCUGUUCACUCGUGUGCUUCUGAUCCGGUCAGCACUCCGCGUCACGACUACGCUGCCAUUACCGUUCGGGAUUCUCAAGGACCUGGCGCGGGGGUACCUGGUGCGCGAAGUUGUGGCGUACAUACUUCAUCGCUAUGUCUUGCACGGGUGGUCCAAAACUCCGACCCUCGCCCGCGCUCACCAGCAGUGGUAUCAUUCGCUACCGGCCCCGUUCCCCCUGGCAGCUAGCUACGACCACCCUGUCGCAUAUCUCGUCCGUGGUUUCAUCCCGACUUAUCUCCCGGCGUUGCUCUUUCGAUUCCAUCUUCUGACUUAUGUGCUCUAUCUGACACUGGUGUCGGUGGAGGAAACUUUCGCCUACAGUGGGUACUCGACCGUUCCGACGAAUUUCAUCCUCGGCGGCGUCGCCCGUCGCACGGAUACACAUUUGUUAAGUGAUGGCGAAGGUAAUUAUGGGCCCUGGGGGCUGGUGGACUGGGUCAUGGGCACGACUGUCGGUACGGACAUUAUUGAUGAUGUUGUUCUGGAAGCCGACAAGCAUGAUGUCCCGGCUAGAGUUGAGGGGGUCAAAGAUAAGGCGAAGAGGAAGGUUAAUGGUAGGAUCGCGGAUGCGAAACAUAACACCGAUGCGUCGGGUCCUAGGCGGAGGACGACGAGGAAUCAAAGUUCCAGUUAAAUCUGACAGGACGGCAAUGGGCAUCACAUACAGUACAUUGAAUGGCCCAGAGUCUUGCGCAGGAGAAGAAGGGUGGUACAGUUUGUUUGCAAUCAUGGUUAGCGGGCAGGACCACAACGUUCCAUCGGGAUAUAGUGUUGUGACGCGGCAUAUGAUGGUUGGCAUGGCUUGCAGUUUGACAUCAUGUGCUGGUGCGGGUUUAUUUGGUCUGGGAGCGUGUUUGGGAUCUUUUCGAGCGAAAUUGCUGCAGUGGUUGUUAGGACAUCUAGAUACCCAUCUUAGCAUGUUAGUUGAGCGUAAUGUUGAACAAGCAAUUCCAUGACAGUUGGUACAUAAGAGUGGCGACAGAUUCAAGAGCAUCCUCUUUGUCGCCGAGAUCUGUAGCAUGGUUAGAUGGGGAUGUCAUGGACCAUGUGCGCUUCAGGAAAUGGGCUGUGGUAACGCAAUCUGGGUCUAGAGUUUAGCAACAGCAUAGACGGGGGACACGAAAAGCCAGAUCGAAUGGACAAAAAAAGACCUCGAAGAGUA